AGUUUUGUCAUUUUGUAUGGGAUAAACAAGAAAACCUAAAACUUGAACCUGUUCAGUGGCAACCUGAAAUUCUUCCCGCCGCUAACUUACUCUCUUCCUGCAGCUUCCUCCCCAUUUUCUACACAAUUUCGUUUAAUAUUGAUUCUGAGCAGACAAUAAAGUAGUACGGAUUGCAUUAUAUACGUGAAGUGAUAGAGGAAGAUGGGGAAAGUAUCUUACGUGAAGCUGAAAGGAAGUCAGAACUUGAGAUUAAGUCUUUUACUGGCGACCCUUUCAUCCAAAUCGAUUAUUAUUGAGGAUAUACGUGCUGAUUCUACUUGGCCUGGUCUUCGUCCACAUGAGGUCUCUUUCCUCCGUCUCCUUGAAAAAGUUAGUGAUGAUUGUGUUGUUGAAAUCAAUGAAACUGGUACAAAAUUGAAGUACAAACCUGGAAUUAUUAUGGGAGGAAGACAUUUUGUUCAUGAUUGUGGUGUCAAUCGCUCAAUUGGCUACUUUUUGGAACCGUUGAUUGUGCUCGGGUUGUUUGGAAAGAAACCACUCACCAUUAGGCUUAAAGGGAUCACAAAUGAUGCAAAGGACCCAUCUAUUGAUACUUUUCGAUCAACUACUUUGCCUAUACUGAAACAGUUUGGAGUCCCUGCAGAAGGAUUGGAACUGAAAAUUGAGAGUCGUGGAGUUGCCCCCAAAGGUGGUGGAGAAGUAGUUCUUUCAGUCCCUAUGGUCCCAAAUAGUUUAAAGGCUACUAAAUGGGUUGACGAAGGUCUGGUGAAGAGAAUUAGAGGUGUUUCCUUUUCAACUAGGGUCUCAGUUCAGUUUGAGAAUACCAUGAUACACGCAGCUCGUGGAAUCCUGAAUCCUUUGCUUGCAGAUGUUCACAUCUUUACAGAUCAUAAAGCCGGAGCACAAGCCGGAAUGUCACCUGGCUAUGGAAUUUCUCUAGUGGCAGAGACUACAUCUGGUUGUGUUAUAUCUGCGGAUACUGCAGUUUCUUAUGCAAGAGGAGAAGAUGAUGCCGACCUAGAGGAUGAUAGGAAAGAUCUGAUCCCUGCUGAGGAAGUUGGUGAGCAAAUUGCUUCUGCACUACUUGGGGAAAUAAAACAGGGGGGAGUAGUUGAUUCAACACAUCAGGGACUUCUGUUUCUCCUCUGUGCCUUGUGUCCUAAAGAUGUCUCAGAAGUUCGCGUUGGGAAGCUGUCACUUUAUGGAAUAGAAACAUUAAGGCACAUUAGAGACUUUUUGGGUGUUAAGUUUGUCAUGAAACCUGAUGCCUCUACAGGAACUGUCAAUCUCAUGUGUCUUGGCUCUGGAUUUCAGAAUUUAUCCAGGAAAGUAUCAUGAUAAUAAAGAAUCGGGCAUCAUUUAGUGGUUGAUUUCAUGAUGGAAAACAUGUGACUUUCUGGCUUGACACUCAUCAAUGGGGCUGGAGAUUUUGACGUGGUUGCUAGUUGUAAUGAGAGUUAUUCAUGCAUUAAAACUAGCAUAGGCAAUACUUUGGUAGCCUUUUAGUUGUUCCAUAUAAAAAAAAAAAUCAGCACAAAUUACACGGUAGAUUUUAGCCAAGAAGCAAUAAUUACUAAAAGGAAAAGAACAUGUUUGUAACAAUUUGGACAAUGCCAACCAAAGAUUAUUUUAGUAUUAUUUUAUCACAUAGUUUACUUGGAAGAGGGAAGUAAAUUGACCAAGAUGCUUAGAAGAAGAUCAUUGAUUGGAACUUUAAUAUUGUAAAAGCUGCAUGCAAUG